AUGGCGGAGCUCAUCUUUGAUGAGGACCAGGCUGACUUCAUGGGUUCGGCCACUAAGGAGUCCACCAGUGCCGAGUCAGGGCAGUGUGAUCUCAGCAGCUUGCCGCAGUUGAGCGCAGCUGAUGAGAAGAAGCGCAAGACCAUCAAUCCAGAUCGCUUGUGCUGCAUUUGUCAAGAAGCCCAAGCGCUGCCGAAGUUCACUUUCUGCCGUGAUUGCAAGAAGGACGUUCAGUCCUGUGCCAACUGUGCAAAGAAGGAGAAUAGGCUGAAGGAUUGGAAUCGCUUGACAAAGACCACUGAGGGCCUGCGUCAUGUGGUUUUGCACUACAAGCGAAAUUGCCCUUCCAAAGGCCAAGGCGUGAAGCGAGAUGCCAUGGACUGGACCCAGUACCUCACCAGCACGUACACCAACAAGGCCACGAAGACCGGAGUUCGAGAUGUCUACAUGGAUUGGCCGCAGUACGAGAAGUGGGCCUUCGAGAACAAGAGCCUGUCUUCUGGUGAAGCCCUGGAGCAGUGGGAGUCGUUUGAGCGCAACGGCACAGACCAUGACUUUGGCGGCCGGUCGGGGUUCGAGAAGCGCUUUGCCGUUGCAGCUGAAACUUACAGACUGCGUGAGACGGAGGUGGGCAGCCGAGAGGAGAUGCUGUCUGGUGGGAAGCAGCAGAAGGGCAAGGCCCAGGAGAGCCUGCAGCAGAGCGUGGGGCAGAUGUUGCGACGUGCCCAGGAUACGCAGCAUGGCUUCCAAGACAAGGUGACUGCUUUCCUUGACAAAGCAGCAGUGAGUGCAGCAGAAGAGUCGUCCCCUGAAAAGCUGCGAGAUGGCGAUGAUGCACGGUCCGUGUUCGGGGACGGCUCGGUUGCUGGCUCUGAGAAGAACCAGUUGAAGGGUCUGGCUGCCGAAGACCUGCUUGGCGAGAUGGAGAGUGCCCCGAAGAGCAAUGGCAAAGGCGGUGGCAGGAGGGUCAAGGACAUCGCCCGGCUUCGGGCAACUGCGUACGAGAAGCAGAAGAAGGUGCUGAGCACUCUGGGCACCGACGCAAUCAGCCAGAUUGAAGCCGCGGACAAGCUGGUUAAUGACAACCAGGCCUCGAAGACGGAGUACGAGCACUUCUUUGACAUCAUCAAGGUGCGAAAGGACCUGUUGCAGCAGCUGGCAGGCAAGGACACCACACAGGCGGCGUACGAGUCCUAUGUGCAGGGAUUGGACGACAAGAGCCUUGCCUUGCAGCCUCUUGCAAAGGCCGUUCUGCUGAAGACACAGGCCUUGCCCGGAUGCAACGACCUCUGCCAGUCGGUGCUGGUGCAGACCGAGAAGGGCGAGUUGGACAACUGUUGUAAGGACUUGACGGAUCACGUUGCCGUCCACAACCAGGUCCGAAAUGCCCUGAAAACCAGCUGCAAGGACUUGGACUCCACCGUCAAGCAGGCCCUGCGGCGGCAGAAAAAGGAGAAAGAAAAGGCGGACAAGCAGAAAGCGAGUGACGAGAAGAAGAACACAGAGGACAAGCAAGCCUUGGCGGAGAAGCUGAAGGCAGACAAGGACAAAGGUGUGUACUCCACCCUUCUGCAAGCCCCAGCCAACCUUCUCACUGAGCUUGGAAUGAGCAGCGUGGCAACAUACCCCGAUGUUGCUGCAGUGAAGACUUCCAUCAUCAAGAGCGAGGCUCCCUUCAUCAUCACCUCUUUCAGUGAAGUGAAGGCAUUCAUCGAUCAAAGGCCUGCGCUGAAGUGCUUGAUCACCAACUUCAGCCAUCAGUUCCCGGGAACUGCCAUGUGCUCGAGAACUGGAAGAGCCCAGUCCCCAGUGAAAACUGCGAAGGGCGACAACAUUGCAGAGGAUCUGCAAGCCUUGCUUGGUGGGGUUGUUCCUCUCCUCGAGACAAGUGUUCCGGAGAAGUUGCAGUCCGUCACACACGCUGCCCUGUAUGGCUUUACGAGUGACAUGGUCUACUAUGGCUUCGAGGAGAGAGGCCUGCCACAGUUGCGCUACAUCUGCCAUGGCUCGCGGCAAGUCUUCAUGAUCCACGUGCAGGAUUUCCUUGCGACCAUCUCCAAAACAGACAAGGCAGACCUCCGUGAAGUGCUGCAGCUGUGGAAGGUGAUGGAUAUCUUUCGGUGGAAGCAGAUCGAAGGGGGCUUGCCUGUGCUCCACACCUGCAUCCAGAAGCCCGGCUCCUUGAUGUACAUCCCGCCAGGGUUUUUGAUCGCCGAGAAAGUGCUCAACAGUGAGAAGGUGGUGGGGAUCAGAAUGAGCUUGAUCCCUCGCUGCUCGAAGAAUGCGGCCCAGUUGGACAAAUUCAGAAACCUGCUCCCUGCAGAGCAUCCGUACCUUGAGAUGACAGAGCUUGCUGUUAACAGCAUGCGCGAGUCAUGA